GACUUGGACAAGUUAGUGCGAUUGUAGAGCCGGGGUAGAGUUCACGCGCGUUUUAAAAACUUUGUUUAUUUUGUAUCUUAAAUUUUCUACUACUAUGGAAGUGCUACAUAAAAUUUAGCUAGUGAUGUGACUUGGACAUUAAUAAUAUUAAAGGAACAUGAGUGAGGGGACAAUGUUUUUGAUAGUUUUGGGACUGAUCUGUGUUGCGGAGGCGGGAAGUAUAGGAGACCAGUGCGAUUGGACUGGCAGCGGUCUGACAGUGACAGCGGAGCGGGCGGUCACCCCGGUCUACCUGCGGUGUCAGGAGGGCACUAUCAGCUGGAAGUAUCCCCGGGGGGCGUUACGGCUGAUCUUCAAGCCGCCCCUGCCGCUGGACGAGAGGGACUUCCAGGUGUGCAUCAGGGUGAUCAGGCGACCGGACCCGCCGGACAUAUUCCAUGCGCUACAGGAGAAUGAUACAGGAACAGUAGAGCGGUUCCCAGCUCGUCUCUUCCGAGAGGGAGUACGCAAGCUGCUCCCUCUAUACGCGUCUGACGACGGUGACGUCAGAGAACUGCGUUGCUUCCGCAGCAAACAUGGCCGUGCGGCUCUCUACGUUGAAGCGGAACCAGAGGAAGGGACUAAGAAGAGAAUGGCCAUCUUCAAGUACGAAGCGAAGCCGCUGGUCAGAAGACACUACGACCCAGCUACCGCUGAUUGUAGACCGUGUUCCGAGUCGGAACUGGAGCUCGCCUUCUGCACCAGUGAUUUAGUAUCUCGCGGUGUCAUAGUGGAGACGAAGGAGCGUCAGGAUUUGGACACGACGCAGCUGACGUGGAAGCUGACCAAGAUCAUCCGAGCCACGGGCAUGGAGGACAACAAUGAUAUCGUCGAUACUGAGUACUAUAGGUACGACGUAGAGAACAGCAUAGCCGCGCCCGUACGGCGGCGGCGCGCGCACUCGCACGCACACGUCCAAGUGCGUGCAGCGUGCGGCGCGGCGGGCGGCGCGGGCGAAUUCAUCAUCAUGGCGCGCAGACGGCUCGGCCGGCUCGCGCUCACGUGCGCGCCGCGAGCGAGCGAGUGGGACGCACUGGUGGAAAAGAGACGGCAAGAUCCUACUGCUAACUGCCUGUUGUUACAUUGAAUAUCUGCAAGAUAUUGUAUUUCAAAAAGGUGUGUUACGCGUGCGAGCGAGUGGGACGCAAUGGUGGAAAAGAGACGGCAAGAUCCUAUUGCUAAUUAUCUGCUAGUGCAUUGAAGGUGUGCAAGAUACUUUUGGAAAUGUAUGCAUGUGUGCAGUGUGUUGCGUGUGAGCGAGUAAGAUGCAUUGGUGGAAAAGAGACAGUAAAAGCUAGCAAGUAGCAACCCAUUGCCUACUACUAUGUGUGAUGCGGAUAGUUGGUAAUGCAGUAGACGGACUUUUGCCGCUAGCGUGCACGACAUGUGCAAAUGAAACGCAUCGGUUAAAAAGAGACAGCAAUAUAACAUACAAAACUAGCGUGAUAGAGACAAGGUUUCCCAAUAUUUUUGUAGUAUCAGAACUUAAAAGUCUUCCGUAUUCGUAAUAUUUGAAUUGGCACUAGAAUGAAGAAAAAGGGGAUUGUUUUAAACUACUACUGCUACUCGCUUCUUAUUGUAAGAAUAUCUAGCACAAAGUUAAGUGUAAAUAAUACAUGUAUUUCUACUUGUAUAGAAUAUUAGAUUGUGAUUAUAUAUUUGCCAUUAUUUAUAGAUUUAUAAUAUGUGAGAUUAAUUAUAUUGAUUUCGAUUUUGCUUCUGAGAUUCAAGAGUGGGUAAAAUAAAAAAAAAUUUGAAUACUAAACUAAGCAGGAUAAUAUUAUUAAUAACUGUUUUAUAGAAAUUAUAUUAUCUUGUAUUUAAACUAAGCUUUAUAAAAUUUCAUUACAUAAC